AUGUAUGAUUCACUCUUCAAAGUAGUAUCAGAGGAACCUUUGCAAAAUGAAAGACAAUCUUUUAUAUUAGAAAAUAAAAGUUCAGAAUUUGAUUUGUUAGAAGAUACAGAUUCAAUGUAUAAUCAGGAUGCAAUAAAUACAUUAACAAAUUCAUAUGAAAAUCAAUCUUCUUUAAUUUCUCUUCCAGAUCCAUUAUUAACAAGUAUUACAGCAGGAGGAAGUGCCAAAAAUAUAAAGUUGCGGUCAGUUCAAGAAAUACCUGAAAGUUAUAGAUGUGUGUUUGAAGCAUUUCCUUAUUUCAAUAUUAUACAGUCUGAGAUUUUUGAUGAUGUUUUUUAUGGUGACAAAUCAAUUGUUAUAUCUGCACCAACUGGAUCUGGGAAAACUGUCAUAUUUGAAUUAGCUAUUAUUCGAUUUCUGAUGAAAUUGAAUCAUACAUCAAAUUUUAAAAUGGUUUACAUGGCUCCAAUGAAGGCUAUAUGUAGUGAAAGAUAUAAUGAUUGGAAAGUAAAAUUUGGACCAUUAGGAUUACAUUGUACUGAAUUAACAGGAGAUAGUGAACUCGAUGAUUAUUUUGAACUACAACAAUUUUCUAUCAUUUUGACUACACCAGAAAAGUGGGAUGGAUUAACUAGAAGAUGGCAAAAUAUUAAAUCAUUUGUACAAUUAGUUCGGCUUUUUAUGGUAGAUGAGGUAAGCUAUUUCUUAUUUUAAAAAUACUUAAAUUGUUUAUGUUAUUUUUGAAACCGUGUUUGAUAAAUAUA